AAAUAAUAUGAAAAUGCAGUGUUAACCUUUACCCAAUUAUGCCAGCAAAAAACUAUGAAUCAAGCUAAAGCAAUGGAUGAAGAGAUGGACAUCAUUGAUGACUCACUUUACAGUCGUCAACGCUAUGUCCUUGGCGACCGAGCAAUGCAUCAAAUGGCACAGUCCAGUGUGUUCCUGAGUGGGCUGGGAGGUCUUGGAGUGGAGAUAGCAAAGAACAUUAUCCUCGCUGGACUGAAGUCAGUGGUCAUCCAUGAUCCCGCCCCCUCAACCCUCUCUGACCUAUCAUCACAGUUCUUCCUCAGACCUGACGAUGUUUCCACGGGAACCAGCAGAGCGGAGGCAAGUUUAUCUCGCUUACAGGAGCUCAACCCGUAUGUGUCCGUAUCCAUGGUGUCACAGCCCCUGACAACCAACUCAGACCUCUCAUUCUUGUCCCAGUAUCAGUGUGUUAUCCUGACUGAUGCUAGUGUCGAUCUUCAACUGGUGGUGAACAAGUUUUGCCGAGCUCAGCAACCUCCAGUCAAGUUUCUGUCCUGCUCGGUGAGGGGUGUGUUUUCGUCACUGUUUUGUGACUUUGGUCCCGAGUUUACUGUGUACGACAAAGAUGGGGAGGAGCCUCUCGAGUGCUUCAUUGGGAACAUCACCAAGGCAUCUCCGGGUGUUGUGACUUGUCUGGAGGGACAUCUUCACGGCAUGUCCACUGGUGACCUAAUCACGUUUAGAGAGGUCGUGGGAAUGGAAGUUAAUGGAACUACACACACUAUAAAAGUCAUGUCCCCCAGUGUAUUCAGUGUUGGAGACACGAGUGAGAUGACCCCUUACCAGCAUGGAGGAAUAGUCAGACAAAGAAAGACACAGUCAACAGUCACAUUUGAACCCCUGGAAGUCCAGCUGAGAAAUCCUAGUGUCCUUAUAGCAGAUUUUGCCAAGUUUGAGCACCCGCUCCAAACACAUAUCGGGCUUAUAGCUCUGGAUAGAUUCUCACAGACUCACAACGGUUCUCUACCCAAACCACGUGAUCCAAGAGAUGCAAUGGAGCUUGCUCGCCUGGCCAAUGAAGUCAACCGUGAGAACAAGCUGGUUGAGCUUGUGGAUGAAGAGUUGCUGAAGGCACUGUCGUUCACCGCGGGGGGUCUUCUCCCACCCCUGGCAACGGUUGUGGGGGGUCUGGCAGCGCAGGAGGCUCUCAUUGCUCUCACUGGAAAAUUCUCACCUCUCAAACAGUGGCUGUAUCUGGAUGCAGUAGAAGUUUUGAGUGGUCAAGAGAGCCUCGAUUCAACAUCCUUCUUACCAAAAGGUGAUCGCUAUGACGCUGUACGUAUUUGCCUGGGGGAGGAAUUGCUGCAAAAAAUGGCCAACUGUCGACUGUUCAUGGUUGGGUGUGGAGCCAUUGGUUGUGAGAUGCUCAAGAACUACGCCAUGCUAGGGAUAGGCAGGAGGCCAGCAGGACAGAUCACCAUCACUGAUAAUGACCUGAUCGAGAAGUCUAAUCUCAACAGACAGUUUUUAUUUCGACCACGACACAUUCAGCAACCCAAGUCGCUGGUAGCCGCUCGAUCCACCAAUGACAUCAAUCCAGAGCUACUAAUUGACCCCCAGCAGUAUAAGGUGUUUCCUGGCACAGAGAGGAAAGUCUAUCACGACCAGUUCUUCCAGUCACAGACUGUCAUUGUCAACGCCCUUGACAACGUGGAGGCUCGUAGAUAUGUGGACAGUCGCUGUGUAACUAACCUUCGACCUCUACUAGAGUCGGGCACCAUGGGAGCCAAGGGCCACGUGCAGGUGAUUGUCCCUCAUCUGACGGAGUCCUACUCCAGUCAGCAAGACCCACCAGAUAAAGAUGUUCCUUACUGCACUCUCAAGUCAUUCCCGGCCACCAUUGAGCACACCAUCCAGUGGGCCAGGGACAAGUUCGAGGCACUAUUCUUCCAAAAACCAUCCAUGUACACAAAGUUUUGGGAUUCUCAAAGUCCACAGAAGCUACUCCAGGCGUUGAAAGAACAGCAAAUUCCUGACGGGGUAGUAAAGGUCGUGAAGAUGUUGGGAUCGUCCCCUCGUGACUGGACCUCCUGCGUACAAUUAGGACGAAUCAAGUUCGAGAAAUAUUUCAAUCACAAGGCUUUGAAUCUGAUUCACACAUUUCCAUUGGACACAAAGAUGAAGGAUGGCUCUCUGUUCUGGCAGUCCCCAAAGAGACCACCGAUACAUGUUGUAUUCAGUACCUCUAACAAACAGCAUAUGCUCUUUGUCAUGACAACAGCCAAGCUGCUAGCCUCAAUCCAUGGAAUACAGUACACUGAUCAGGAUUUACUAGAGAGCAAUAUUGUGACUAUCAUCCAGUCCACUCCCGUGCCUCUCUUCAAGCCCUCGUCAAAAACAGUCAUCACGGAUGAGUCGGUGAAGAAGCCGGAACAGGUGGAGGUGCCGCUAGACAUGAUGGAGACUUGUCAGGCUAACCUGGAGAAGAUGCUUGCAGCUGGAGACAUCCCUCAGCAGAAACUGCGAAUGUUUCCGCAAGCAUUUGAGAAAGAUGAUGAUUCUAAUGGCCACAUUGACUUCAUCAGCUCAGCUGCAAACCUGAGGGCAAGUGUGUACUCCAUUGAGAACGUGGAUAGACUCAAGGCCAAGCUCAUUGCCGGCCGUAUAGUGCCUGCCAUAGCAACCACGACAGCUGCAGUGGCUGGAUUGGUGAGCAUAGAGCUGAUCAAGGUGAUACAAGGAGGUCUACCACUGGAGAGCUACAAGAAUGCUUUCCUCAGCCUUGCCCUCCCGUCACUCGUAUUCUCUGAACCUGCCCCUCCUCUGAAGACACUUGUUAACAAAGAUCUCAGCUUCUCCCUCUGGGACCGAUGGGAGGUCAAAGGUCACAAAGACAUGACGCUACAGGAGUUCCUCAACAUUCUUCAAGAGCAGUGUGGGUUGGAGGUGACCAUGGUUGUUUUGGGUGUCAAGAUGAUAUACGUCCCCUUCAUGCCUGGCCACAAGAAGCGACUGACACAAACGAUGGUGAAGCUGCUCAAGCCCGACCAUGAGAGGAGCUACAUGGACCUGACAGUGUCCCUCCAGACUAACACUGACGAGGAUGCGGAGGACGCCCCAGGGCCUCCCGUCAGAUACUAUUUCAAAUAGCUCGAUCAGAACUUAUCGUAAACCUGAUUAUUAUUAUUGUUGUUCAUUGUUCUUAAACGAAUUGAUGGAUGACUUAAUUGCCAAA